AUGGAGGAGAUCCGUGAGGUUGCUAAAGCUUAUUACGCAAACUCGACAAAGCAGCAACAGGAGGAAGCCCGGGAUGCUUUCCAAAAGAUGAAUUUGGAAAAAAAUAAGACAAUAAGCCUAACUGAUUUCUUGGAUAUCUUCCUGCCAGACAGUUUUCCCAAAAGUGUUGCUUGCUCUUUGCUCAAGGAGCUAGACGUAAAUGGUGAUGGCAGCCUGGAUUUCGACGAGUUUAUCACCUUGUUCUAUCUGCAUCAAAGCAAGAGGCUACUGUAUUGUCAUGGCUGCGAAAAGUUUCUUACUGGACUGUAUUUCACUUGCGUCAAAUGCUUUGAUUCCACCAGUAAUAGCUAUGACCUCUGCUCCAUCUGUUACCGGAAGAAAAACUUUCAACACCAUAAAGAUGCAGUCUUCUUGGACAACUACGCUUUACUCCGUCGGAACAUCAAACGUUCAUCGGAAACGGAAGUAGACCCAUUUCAGGUAUAA